UUGGAUGUACCCAAUUGAAAGGUAACAAACUAAGUAUAUUAUAAAUUUGAUUUACAAUUUGUCAUUCAAGAUCAUUCAAAGCUAAUCAAUUUUUUUUUACUAAAGGUAUUUGCGAACACUCAAGUCAUAUGUUCGUAACAAGGCUCGACCUAAAGGAUCAAUUGCAGAAGUAUAUUUGGUAGAUGAAAGCCUUACAUUUUGCUCACGAUAUUUGAAUGACAUUCCUACAAAAUUUAACAUGUCAUAUAGGAAUGAUGACACCAAUGUUGAAAUCAACUAUGAGCUUUCAAUAUUCAAGAAAAAUGGCGAAAUUAGGGGACAUUUUGAGUCAAUCCCUCUUCCCCAUGAAGAGUAUUGUCAAGUGAGGAUGUAUGUGCUCCAAAACUAUGAAGAAGUUUGGCCAUUUAUAAAGAUAUGUCCAGGCUCAAUAGAGGACGAGGUAGAGAAGGUCUUUCCUAUGGAUCAAAGAGUCACACAAGUAGUGAAGGUACUUGCUCUACACAUCAAACAAGACAUGGCAUUUCAUCUCGAUCACUUCAAUUGCAACUUAAGGAAAUGCCUGCCAACUCUCCUACUCAACAUAGCAAUGCAGGGGUAGAAGAGUUUACAAAUCCCUUCAAGUAGACUUGAGGACCAAAUAUGGAGCAAAGAUUAAAGUAAACGUUUCAGAUUCUAUGACAAGAGCAGUGGGAGAUGAUGC